GAGUCGACAGAGCCAGUUCCCCCUCCUAUCUUCAUCUUCAUUCGGGUCCGGGCUCAUCAGCCUUUAUUCAUUCUCGCGUCGCUUGUUUCUUCUAAGUUCACUUCUUUCCAACUUCUUUGUGUUCCUACCCGCAGCCAUGACUAUCCACUUGGACCCCCGUGGAGACAUCGCUAUAGCGGAGAUUAUUGUGUACUUACCUGUGCUCGUCGUGUCGGGGAUUCUCGUAGCAAGACACGGCGUUGCCAGGAAAGCAGGGUGGAUCUUCCUUCUUAUUCUAUCUCUUGUCCGCAUCAUUGGAGGCGCCACAGCAGUCGCAGCAGAACAGAACCCGUCGGACAAAACAUUGGACAUUGUGUCCGCCACGCUGACAUCGGCAGGCGUAUCACCGCUCCUCCUCGCGACUAUCGGAUUCCUCGGAACAGUAUGCUAUCGUACACUCGGCGACGAGCCACUCAUCUGGCGGGGCCUCAGGAUCAUGUCCCUCCUUUGCAGCGUCGCCCUGCUCCUCGCAAUCGUUGGUGGCGUUAAGAUGGGCAAUGCAAAGACAAUAGCAGAUCUCAACAGUGCGAAUACUCUCCGGCACGCCGGUGCUGCCAUGUUCGCGGUACUAUUCGUCCUCAUCUUCCUGCUGCACAUGUAUUGCUGGGUCAGCAGGAGUAGGAUCACGAAGGCAAGGAGGACGCUACUCGCGAGCAUUAGUCUCGCUCUCCCCUUCCUCUUGAUCCGGGUGGUGUACACAGUGUUGUCGUCAGCCGCACCAUACACAACCUCUCUCUCCUCCGCCGGUGGGAGCUCCACGACGUCCAACUCGCCUCUGUCGAAGUUCAACUCGUCCACGGGCAGCUGGAUCAUCUACCUGUUGAUGAGCGUCCUCGCCGAGUACGCUGCAGUUGUGGUAUACUGUGUCGCGGGGACGCGGAUCCGGCUACAAGACGAUGUGCCGGAUUAUAUCAACAGCGCGACCGCGGACUAUGACGACGAUCGUUAUAAGUUUGCAAGGGCGCAGGGGCCUAUGGGUGCGAACUGGGGGCGUUGAGACCUGCUGUAUUUAUUUGUUGUUAUGUCAUUACUUUCCGUUUCAAGAUGACCGGCGAUUAGACGACUUACAAUACGG